AUGCCGUCCAUCCUCAGCGAGGCCGACAAGGAGACCGUCAAGCGCUUCGUCCCCAAGCAGAGCAAUAAGAUCCAGGCCGUGGCUGUAGCCCGACUCUACGUUGCUUACCCAAACAGAUCAAAAUGGACAUAUACGGGCUUGCAAGGCGCUGUCGUGCUUUCCAACGACCUUGUUGGGAACACAUAUUGGCUCAAGAUGGUUGACAUAUCCCCUGCAAUGCGAGGGGUGGUAUGGGAUCAGGAGAUAUUCGACACAUGGAGCUACAACCAAGACCGAACAUUCUUCCACUCCUUCGAGCUAGAAGACUGUGUGGCCGCUCUGUCUUUCGUUGACGAGAAGGAAGCGAAGCAAUUCCUAAAGAAGAUGAACGACAGGGAAAAGAACGCGAGCAAGGCCACCAAGUCAACGCCAUUCGGAGGAGUGGCCCCAGGAGCAGCAGCCGGUCACCACAAACACAGCUUGUUAGGUGGCAUCUUCGGAGGACAUAGGCACGCCUCUGCACCAACGCCGCCCGACUCUCCUCGCAACAGCGCCCCCCCAAUUGGCCACUUCCACAGACAAUCAUCUGGGAGCAAUGGACACAGGUCCGAAUUCGCGACCCUCGAGGCAUUUGACCCCGAAUGGAGAGAGCACUUCGGCGACGACCUGAGAAGUAAAGGCCUUACAGAUGACUUCAUAAAGGACAAUCAGGACUUCAUCGUCGAUUUUCUCAAGCAGGAGCAGGCUCAAACGAAGCAUUCGACUCCCCCACCGCCACCACCUCCAGUCAACGGGACCGGCUCUAGGGCUCCUCCCCCCUCCCCCGGCACCGCGACGAGGCGGCGCUCCACCACCCCCUCCCGCACCAAGAAGGUCUGGGAAGGCCGAGCCGGCCGCCGUCGCCAGGGAGCCGACGCCUCCUCGCGACCCGUCUCCCCCAAGGCCCAGAUUCCAGCCAAGGCUCCCGCUCCCGGCCCUCCCCCUCCCCCACGGCCCGGAAAGUCUCCUGUCGAAGACACCAAAGAACCAGGCCACAAAUUCGGCGUCCCUCCGGCGUUCCAGGGCCAAAGGAGCGUCCCUCCUCCACCACAAAGUCGUGGCGCCGUGCCUCCUCCGCCUCCGUCGCGAGAGACGAGCGCUGUCCCGCCAGGUCCUCCGCCACCACUCCCCCCGAAAACCCCUGGAUCGGCCGCGCCGCCUCUUCCUCCUCCAACCUCCCGACCGGUGCCGGGUCUACCGGCGAGAAGCCCGGCAGGACCUCCUCCAUUACCAGCCUCCAGCGCUCCCCCAGCACCGCCGCCGCCAGCAGCCUCUGCGCCACCUCCACCGCCCGUGCCAGCAGCAAAUGCGCCUCCACCACCUCCAUUACCUCCAACCAACGCCCCGGCGGCCGCCCCUCCUCUGCCACCACCAUCCUCGAGUGGGCCUCCGCCGCCGCCUCCUCCUCCUCCAACUGGCGCGCCAAGCGGAAUUCCUCCUCCACCGCCGCCACCACCUGGUGGGAUGGCCGGCGUUCCUCCACCACCCGGCCCGCCUCCCCCGCCUGGACCACACCCGCCGCCUGGACCACCCCCGCCGCCUGGGCCCCCGCCGCCUCCAAAUCGCGACUCAGGAUACUCAUCCGGUGUUCCAGCAGCGGCGGGUGCCGAUCCCGGCCGUGCUGCUAUGCUGGACGGUAUACAGAAGGCCGGCGGUAUCGGUGCUCUGAAAAAGGUCGACAGGAGUCAGAUUCGUGACAGAAGUAGUGCGCAGGUUGGAGGUGGCAGCGAUACAGGCCCACAUGGAAGUGGUUUACCGCCAUCAGGGGUCGCACCAGCCGGCGGCGGCGGUAUGGCCGAUGCUUUGGCGGCGGCCCUUGCGGCGAGAAACAAGAAGGUUGCGCAUAGUGAUGACGAAGAUGAUAACGACGACUGGGACUAG